CUCUCCCUCCUCCACCCCUCCCCCCACACUCCUCCCUUCCCUUCCCUUCCCCCUCUUCCCUCCCCCCCCCUCGUUCCUAGGCUCCCACUUUCCAUCACCUACUCGGGGCCUCCGUCCCUCCACACCGUCACCUGCACGCCUGUCCCCGCCGUGCCGCCUUCCUGCGACCCCACUCCAGCACCCCCCUGCCCCUACCUCCCCCACUGGGUGCCCGGCUGCUCCCCUCCCGCUUCCGCGCUCCCCUCCCCCCUGCCGGGCGCCGCUUCCCCGCUCCCGCUCCCUCCGCGUCUUUUCCUCUCCCCUCCCUGCGAAGUUUCGGGGCUGUCAGUCUGUCAGUCUUUCGGGCAGUCGGCACCCGAGCUACAGGCAGCGGGCGCCAUUGCGAGCAGAACCGGCCGGGGCAGAAGGCCGGGGCGCCUGGGUCCCGCCAGCAGCGGGGAGACCCGACCGGCCAGCCCGCCAGGUACGGGCGGUGGAGGCGCCCAGCGGCAGGCGGCUCCGCCCGCUUCCCCUUCUACACCGACACUCAGUCACUGCCCGCUCCGCGCAGGGUGUGUGGCCUGAUUCCCAGGAGGAUCUACCCUGGGUUGCCAUGAGAGAGACUUUUGAGGCCCUCAGCUCCCUGGGAUUCUCUGUGGGACAGCCGGAGAUGGCCCCCCAAAGUGAGCCUGGGGAAGGGUCCCAUAAUAACCAGGAGCGGAUGUCCCCUUCCAGGGAAGACAGCAUGCUGGGCACAUGCUCUGGGCACGAGGCCCCCAGACCAGAGGAAGGCGCCCACACUGAAGAAGCUCAAGGCCCCGGCAGAGGAGGCCAGGCAUGCGCGCCACAGAAGGCCGAGCCCAUGGGCUCCUGCCCAGGGGAUGAGUGGAUGAUACGGAAGGUGAAGGUGGAGGAGGAGGAUCAGGAGGCGGAAGAGGAGGUCGAGUGGCCGCAGCAUCUAGCGUUACUCCCCGGCCCUUUUCCCGCGCCGGACCUGGGGCCUCUGGCCGCUGCGUACAAGCUGGAGCCUGGGCCCCCAGGGGCCCUGGAAGGACUCGCGCUGGCCGGGUGGGCCCCGACCUCGGAGAAGCCCUACGGCUGCGGGGAGUGCGAGCGGCGGUUCCGGGACCAGCUGACUCUGCGGCUGCACCAGAGGCUGCACCGCGGCGAGGGCCCGUGCGCCUGCCCGGACUGCGGCCGCAGCUUCGCGCAGCGCGCGCACAUGCUGCUGCACCUGCGCAGCCACCUGGGCGAGCGGCCCUUCCCCUGCUCCGAGUGCGACAAGCGCUUCAGCAAGAAGGCGCACCUGACCCGCCACCUGCGCACGCACACGGGCGAGCGGCCCUACCCGUGCGCCGAGUGCGGCAAGCGCUUCAGCCAGAAGAUCCACCUGGGCUCGCAUCAGAAGACGCACACGGGCGAGCGGCCCUUCCCCUGCACCGAGUGCGAGAAGCGCUUUCGCAAAAAGACACACCUGAUCCGCCACCAGCGCAUCCAUACGGGCGAGAGGCCCUACCAGUGCGCCCGGUGCUCCCGCAGCUUCACGCACAAGCAGCACUUGGUGCGGCACCAAAGGGUGCACGAGGCGGCCGGCCGCGCCCCCUCCUCUCCCGACGCGCCCGCCUCGCCGGCUUCCCCGGCCCCGUCCCCGACCCCGUCCCCUCCUGGGCCCAAGCCUUUCUCCUGCUCCGACUGCGGCCUGAGCUUCGGCUGGAAGAAGAACCUCGCCACGCACCAGCGCCUGCACCGCGGCGAGGGGCGCCCCUUUGGGUGCGACCAGUGCGCGCUGGGCGCUACCGUGGACGCCGCCGCCGCCGCCGCCGGGCCCUUGGCCUGCGCGCCCAGUGACACGCCGGCGACCCAGGGCGCUCCCGCCAGCGAGCGGUCCUCCUGCGCGGACUGUGGGCGCGGCUUGGCCCACGGGCAGCAGCCGGCGCGGCAGCGGCGGGUGCACCCGGGCGAGCGGCCCUUCGCCUGCGCGCAGUGCGGCCGCCGCUUCGGCUCGAGGCCCAAUCUGGUCGCGCACUCCAGAGCCCACAGCGGCGCCAGGCCUUUCGCCUGCGCGCAGUGCGGCCGCCGCUUCAGCCGCAAGUCGCACCUGGGCCGCCACCAGGCGGUGCACACGGGCAGCCGGCCCCACGCCUGCGCCGUCUGCGCCCGCAGCUUCAGCUCCAAAACCAACCUGGUGCGCCACCAGGCCAUCCACACCGGCUCCCGCCCCUUCUCCUGCCCGCAGUGCGGCAAGAGCUUCAGCCGCAAAACCCACCUGGUGCGGCACCAGCGCAUCCACGGCGAGGCCGCCCACGCGGCCGCCGACGCCGACCUCUCGGCCCCUGCCUGGCCCACUCCCUCAGAGGCAGCGGCGCCCCCCCUCUUCUUCUGAGCCGUGUUCUCUCCAGGAGCCUUCCUUGGCUCGCUGGUUGGAGAGACCCGUGCCCGACAUCUUCUGGGCGGUAAGCACGACGGCCUGGGCCCCGAUGGCUGUUCUCUGCCCGCUUUAUCUUGCUGGAGAGGAAGAAGUCUGGGCAGGAUGACCAGCUUUGGCAUUCUGUGACAGAGACAAUGCU